CGUGUAUCAAUGACAACAACAACAACAAAAUUUGGUUUAAAAAACAAAACAAUUUUGAGGAUGCAUCGAAAACCACCGACAACAACAUUUUUGGCCACUAUUUUGAUUGUUUUGGUCAGUUUUGUCUAUUCCGAAUCAAACGUGGAUGUUGAUGAUGGACGAUCAAUUCUUUUUGAUAAAAAUAUCGAACACAUUCGUCAUGAUUUUAAAGAACAAUUUCAUUUUGAUAUUGGUGAUGAUGGUGAUGGUGAUAAACAACAACAACAACCAAAUGAAGAUGAUAUGAUUUUCUAUAAUUUCCGUCUACAUGAUUAUGAUAAUAAUCUUCAAUUGGAUGGUCUAGAAAUUCUUGCAUCAAUUUAUCAUGAAUCAGAAUCAACAUUAACCAAUGAUGUUAAACAAAAGAUGACCAACAAUGAAAUUCAUUCAUAUUGGCAGGAAAAAUUUGAUCGUGAUGCAGAUAAAAUUGAUCAAGUUUUUAAAAUUUUCGAUCUAAAUAAUGAUGGUUUUAUUUCAUAUGGUGAAUAUCUUUAUAGUUUUAAGAAAUAAAAAUUUGUUUGUAAUUUUUUUGUAAAAUUUCAUUUUUUACAA